AUGGGCGGCGCAGCAGGAGGAGGAGACGAUGUGAAGCUGCUGGGGACGUGGGCGAGCCCGCACACCCUGCGAGUGCGACUCGCGCUCCGCCUCAAGGGCGUCAGCUACCACUACGUGGAGCAAGACCCCAACAAGGAGAACACCACCGGCGAGCUGCUCCUCCCUGGUAAGCAGCCGGUGAUGAUGAUCCACGGCGGCAAGCCUGUUUGUGAGUCCUCCAACAUAUUGCAGUACAUCGACGACGUCUUCACUGGGGUCGGCCCUGACCUCCUCCCCGCCGACAGCUACGAGCGUGCGGCCGCUCAAUAUUGGGCGGACUUCAUCGACGACACGCUUAUCGAGGCGAUGCACAAGGCGGCAUGGGGCAAAACGGAGAUUGAGAAGGCAGAGGGGAAGAAUCAAGGGGCCGCCGCGGUGAGGGCCCUAGAGGGAGCCCUGAGAGAGUAUUCCACGCCAUUCUUUGGGGGCAAAGCUGCCGGAUAUGUGGACGUCGUGCUCGCCAGCCUUCUUCCGUGGGUGCAAGCCACAGACGCCCUGCAGGGCAUCAAGACAUUCGACCCCGCCAGGACACCGCUCCUGGCCGCAUGGACCGACCGCUUCUGCGAGUUGAAGGCGGCCCAAUCGGUUAUGCCGGACGUGACCAAGGUGGUUGACUUUGCCAUGGCCAUGUCCCUUCGCCGCUCUGGCCAACAGAAAAUGGUUGAUGGUUACCUCGGCGAUGUCCUAUCCUUCCCGCAUCCGGUGGAUCAUUGGCCGUUCCCUCACGACAACGAUACGGCGGUGAUCGUCUGA